AUGGCUAGGCUAUGCUGUGUCUCAUUCCUCCUCCUGAUCUGCGCCUCAAUCUUGUUGAUGGGUUCAUCAGCUUCUGUUCUAGCAAGUGGGGACCACCCCCAGAACCUUUCAUGGAUGCCCACCAACAAAUCAUCCUGCAAGGGCUCCAUAGCAGAGUGCUUGGCUGCAGGGGAUGAGGAGUUUGACUUGGACUCUGAGAUCAACCGGCGCAUCUUAGCCACCAGCAAGUAUAUCAGCUACGGUGCGAUGCAGAGGAACACUGUACCUUGCUCUAGGCGUGGCGCCUCCUACUACAAUUGCCAGCCCGGAGCUCAGUCCAAUCCCUACAGCCGCGGCUGCAGCGCCAUCACAAGGUGCAGGAGUUAG